AUGUUGGAGGAAAGGUUGCCAAAGGGAGUUGAAGAAAUGAGAGGAGAGCAGACUGUGAAGAAAACCAAGAAAACAGUGAGGAAUAACAGAAGAAAGACACAGGAUGAUCGUCUUCAAGAUGAGCUGAGAGCACACGAGAAGACAUCAGAGGACCAGAUUGGUGGUCAUUUUUAUAAAGAGGGGCAACUUAUGGUGAAAUUCUAUGCACUAUUUGGGGAGGAAGAUCAGUUGCAGCAGAAGGACACACGAAAGGAGAGGCUCCAAGAACUGAAAGAGGUGGAAGGUUUAGAGGAGAGGAUGCGACAGGUUUUGGAGGAAGGGUUGCCAGAGGGGCUUGAGGAAAGGAGAGUUGAGAAAAGCAAGAAAAUGGUGAGGAUAGUGGAAGAAAUGACGAGAACACAAAAGACACUGGAGGAAAAGUCAUCAGAGGACAUUUUGUCAGAGGAAAAGCUGGGAGAUGGUUUCUAUACAGAGGGGGAAGUGUUGGUGAAAUUCAGAGAGGUGGUGGAGAGGGUUCAACAGAGAAUCAGACAAACUGAGAAGCCCCAAGAAGAAGACGAGGAGGUAGUGGAAGUGAAUAUGCAGCCAUCCCAGCCAGAAGACAAGGAUGAUUGGGUUGUUCUGCUGGACAGCCUCCCACACCAGACCCUUUAUAAGCCUCCAGGUACGUCCCAUCAACCAAUUUGGCUUUGCUUCUCCCCAUCACCAUGGAAACCGUCAUGGAAACGCUUGCUUUACCACCACCCACACAAUGGCCGACAAUUCCAUCUCUAACAUUCCCUCCGCAAAACUAACCAGCUUGUGUGUUUUACAACAAUUGCCAUUUAAAUAGAAAGAGAAACAUUUGGUGCAGUAUGGAUUUGUGUGGCUGAGAGAACAGCUGUCUCUACUUUGUCAGUCAUGCCAGUCGACUCAGCUCCGGUGCCUGUGGCCUCCACAAGAUUCUCUGUGGUGUUAGUAGACACGGUCGAGCAUAGAGCACCAGAGAGGGAAUGCAUUGAGGUGGAGGCCACACAGCAACAGCCUGAAAGGGGAUUGGUGGAAGGACAGAGACCGUGGCAAAUACAGGAAGAUGAUUGGUUUAUGCUCUUGGACCUGGCUGAUCGUGUUCCUUCAGGGAUACCAACCACACCAGUUUCAGGUAUGAAAAACUUGUGCCUCAAUGAUGAGUAUUUUAGGGCUUGAAACAACUGUGCUUCAGUGACUGAAUAGUCAUCCAACUAGGAUUUGCACUUCAAUUAUCUCAAGGUUCUUUAUGUAUUUUAUGUAUUAGCUUCUUUGGAAGUGCAAGUUCAGGUGUACGUAGAGGAAACCAUCUCUUCCAUGGUUAAAGUGAUGACAGUAGAGCAGAGAGAGGAGACCACGGUGACUGUAGUGGAGGAGAUGGAGUUACAGCAAGAGGAGAGACAUCUGGAGCAGAAACCAUCACAGUCACAGAGAGAGGUGGAAGAUGACUGGUUUGUUCUGCUGGAUGUUGUUCCCAGAGAACCAUCUGUGAUUCUGUCAGGUAUUUCCGUAAUUUCAUGCACUGCUUCUCAGUCCCACCACAAUAUUAACAACAUCUCCCCCGACCCUGUGCUUCAUAUGCUGCAAAAUACUUUAAGAUAAGAAUAACUAACAAGACAUUUGACUAUCCACCAAGAGAAUGGCUUCAGCUACAUUGCUUUGUGUAGUACUUUCAAUUAUCUUCUGUAUCUGAGGAAUGUGUGUUUGUAUCAGCUUCUGUGGAAGAGUGUAUUCCGGUAUAUACUGAAAAAAGCGUCUCCAGCGUCCUCUGUGGUUGAAGUGACGACAGUAGAGCAGAGAGAGGAGAGAAGGGUGACUGUAGUGGAAGAGAAGCAAGAGGAGAGACGUCAAGAAGAAUUUAUACUUCCACCACAGCCAUCAAGAGAGAUAGACGAUGACUGGUGUGUGCUACUGGAUGUCAUUCCCAGAGAAACAUCCUAUAUACCACCAGGUACCCAAUACAAUUCAAGGCUUUGCUCGUCAGCCCCUGAUCCCAUCAAAAUAUACCUAACCCACCUCGCCAAACUUGCAGAGUAACCGUUACGCUUUUCCCAUAUGGAACUUUGGAAUGUUUGUCCGGGAAUAUGGUCUUUGAUGACAUGGCUUUUUGUUAGCCCACACAUCUAGCUGAAUCUGAAGGGUAUGUACUGUGUGUGUGUUUGUAUCAGUCGCUCCAGCAGAGCCAACACUGGUUUCUCCAGAUGUGGCCAGCCCUGUGGUUGAGGUAAAGGCUGAAGAGCAGAAGCCAGUGGUGGUUCUGGUGGAGGAGACGAGGCCACAACAUAAACAGGAAGUAGAGGAGUGGCAGCGACAACCAGAGAGAGAUGAUGAUUGGUUUACACUGUUUGAUGAUGUCCAUGAGGAGCCGAUCAUUGUACCACCAGGUACCGUUCCUUCUUCAUCGCCACAGUCUUUGUACAUUUGCAGCUGUGUACAUUUCCCAGCUUUGACUGAGAAUAAACUAUGGCUUUUGUAACUUUGGAGAACAUGCUAAAGUCCCUAAACUAAAGGACUUUCCCCUGUCUGUAUCAGUUGCUCUUCGUGAGCGUACUCCGGUAUAUCCAGAUUUAAGCCAGACCACCUCCGUGGUAGAAGUGACAACCGUAGAAAAGAGAAUCAAGAAGACAGUGACUAUUGUUGGAGAGAGGUGGGGACAGCAAGAGGAGACACUCCAGUCAGAGAUGAUCAUCUCAGAGCAGAGACCACCACCAGCAGCAGAGAGAGAGGAGGGAGAUGACUGGUCUAUUCUGUUGGAUGCCGUCCGUGAAGAACCUGCUGGGGUUCCACCAGGUACCUUAGACAUACAGUACUGCCAACAAGCAGACUAACCAAACCGACACUUUUGCUCUUGUGUGAAUUAGGAAUAUGAUUUUCAGUAUAUCCUGGUCAGUUAUCAACGGGACCAUCUAAUAGUAAUAGUGGUAAUAAUAUCAAGCUCUCUGUGUACCUUUUUGCUUCAGUUUCUCUGGCUGUUAGCGAUAGGGUAGACCCAGAGGUUGUGCCAACCAAAGAGCCGACCAUUGAGCCUGAACCAAGAGUGUCUGUGGUGGAAGCAGUCAGAUCAUUUCCUGAAGGAGUUGCCCUGGAGGGUAAAGCAACACAACCGCAGAUAGAGCUGGAUGAUGAUUGGUUUUUGCUGCUGGAUGUUGCCCCUAAAGUAGCAGGUACUUUGACCAUUCUAAGCUUGCUGUUGGCCACUCCAAAUACCAACCCAUCCCUUGCUUCCAAAGGCUCUCAAUUGCUGUGUGAGCCUGUUGACUAUCCACAAAAGCUUUUGGCAAGGAAUACACUAUCAUAUUUACAUGUUCUAGUAAAAGGCUUGCUACCUUGUGGACUGUUUUGGUUGUGUUUCUGAGGGUUACUCAUGUCUCUAUCAGCUGCACCAGUGGUGGUGAUUUACCCUGAUGUGAGCACCACAGCUGUUACCGUGGUGGAGGAGACAGUGGAACAGAAACCACCGAAGACCGUGAGGAUGGUUGGAAGAGACUGGUAAGAUGGAGGAGGGGCCUGUGGUAACACCUAGAUAAGUGGAUGAUGAUUGGUUUGUGCUUUGGGACCCCGCUCCCUCCGAGAUACUGACCACACCCACGGGUAUUGCUGCUUGACCACCAUCUGCCCCUUUUGGCUUUUUCUUUGGUAAAACGCUGAACCCAGAUUGUGUAUUACUUGACAUUGACAAGCCUGUUAUCCUUGUUUUAUUUCAGCCUUCCCCAUAGACAGAGAGGUUAUAGAGCAGGUACCCCGGAGAACAGUGAUUGUGGUGGAGGAAACUAGGAAAACCACAUAGAGUGGUGGAGGACAGACGUAAACAGGAGGUUGCACUGGUGCAAACACUGCCUCCCCAAGAGAGAGGGGAGGGUGAUGAUUGGUUCAUGCUCCUUGAAGCCUCUCGUCAAGAGCCUGUGAAGAUGCCAACAGGUACCCCCUGACCCUGACCGCAUCAUCCUAAGCUCUGUUUUGCUUCACAUUCCCCAUCAAGUUUGAUGUGACAUAUUCCCUUAUACUUUUUAUAAUUAUGUGUGGUAAAGGGUCUCUAAUCAGAUAUGUGCAGCUUUGGCACAAUCAGAUUCUGCGUUAUAAUUUGUGAAUGGUACGAGUAUCAUAGUCAAGUCUCCUGGGUGCUCUGUGUCUGUCUGUAUCAGUUGCUGUGGUAACUAGACCUGCCCCUGUGGUUGACGUGAUGGUGACGAGCACAGAGCCGAGAACCCAGAAAAGGGUGACGAUAGUGGAGGAGAGGUGGAGAGAGGAGAGGACCCUGCAGCAGAGACUGCCUCAGACACAGACACAGAGAGAGGUGGACGAUGAUUGGUUUGUCCUGCUGGAUGCUGCCCCUAAAGAAUCAGGUACCCCCCCAUCUCUUCAAUCCCCUAUCCCCCCUGCUGUUCAUGCUCAUUUUAGCUGCAGACUGAGACUAUCUAAAGACUGAGACUACUAAAAGACUGAAACUACCAAAAGACUGAAACUACCAAAAGACUGAGAUAGAUUGCAAAAUAGUUGGGAAGAGAUUUUUGACUUACUGAUUCCAUGGCAUAGUGUUUAUGAACUGAUACGCAAAACGACGCCAGAUUCAAAACUUAGAAUUGUUCAAUUUCAAUUAUUAUACAAAAAUCUUCCUACCAAUAGAAUGUUAUUUAUAUGGGGGAUACAAUCUUUCCAGCUCUGCAGAUUUUGCUGCAAAGAGACAGAAUCAUUAGAUCAUUUGUUUUGGUACUGUCCAUUUGUAGCUUGUUUUUUGUCACAGGUCCAGGAAUGGCUGAAGGAUUUCAAUAUUUACCUGGAGCUAACCCUGCAGAUAGCACUACUGGGUGAUCUGAAAAGUCAUAGUCAAUCGAUCAAUAAUAUAAUAAUACUUUUAGCAAAAAGGUUUAUUUUCAAUUUACAAUCUGUAGAAACAAUGAGAAUAGAAGGGUUCAGAACUUUUGUGAAACAUCACAGUACAGUUGAAAUAUAUAUGGCAAAUAGAAAUCAAAUAUGGAUGGUGUUAAGAGAUAGAUGGGAGGUGUUGAAUGUUGCUGAAGGAUGGGACUAAUAACAACUAACAAUAACUAAUAACAACAAGAUAACUAAUGUAAAGCAUACUGUGUCCAUAAUAAGUAUAUAGGUUAUAGUUUGAGAGCUUUUGUGAAAGAGCACAGUUAGAAAGAUAUGGCAUAUAGAAGCAAACCAGAUGGACAUCAUGAAAAUGAUCGGAGAGGUUGAGGGUAGAGGAAGUUCAGGAGGAAAAACAAACAAAAUAGAAUUAUUGUAAAAUUGACUGUGUCCAUAAAAUGUAUAUAGUAUGUAUAAGCUGGAAGUAGAGGCCUAAGCGUUGUUAGGGAAGGGGUGGUGGGGUUGGAAAGUAAUAAAGGGAAAUAUAUUUUUUUAAAGGAUAUGUACAGUUGAAGUCGGAAGUUUACAGUGAGGGGAAAAAAGUAUUUGAUCCCCUGCUGAUUUUGUACGUUUGCCCACUGACAAAGACAUGAUCAGUCUAUAAUUUUAAUGGUAGGUUUAUUUGAACAGUGAGAGACAGAAUAACAACAACAAAAUGUAAAAUCCUGCUGAUUUUGUACGUUUGCCCACUGACAAAGACAUGAUCAGUCUAUAAUUUUAAUGGUAGGUUUAUUUGAACAGUGAGAGACAGAAUAACAACAACAAAUGUAAAAUCCAGAAAAACGCAUGUCAAAAAUGUUAUAUAUUGAUUUGCAUUUUAAUGAGGGAAAUAAGUAUUUGACCCCUCUGCAAAACAUGACUUAGUACUUGGUGGCAAAACCCUUGUUGGCAAUCACAGAGGUCAGACGUUUCUUGUAGUUGGCCACCAGGUUUGCACACAUCUCAGGAGGGACUUUUUUCCACUCCUCUUUGCAGAUCUUCUCCAAGUCAUUAAGGUUUCGAGGCUGAUGUUUGGCAACUCGAACCUUCAGCUCCCUCCACAGAUUUUCUAUGGGAUUAAGGUCUGGAGAUUGGCUAGGACACUCCAGGACCUUAAUGUGCUUCUUCUUGAGCCACUCCUUUGUUGCCUUGGCUGUAUGUUUUGGGUCAUUGUCAUGCUGGAAUACCCAUCCACGACCCAUUUUCACUAUCUGGAAACAACAGUCUAAGCCUAUAGUGAAGAACAUUUGCUUCAUCACAUCCUGCAACAUCGGUUAACUAGUACAUCAUACUUAAAACAAUACUUUAAUACACAAAAUAUCAUUACAAUAACUUUUAAACUUGUAGUUCUAGGUAAACAUCCAGUCACAGUUCUUCGUUAGAUUUUCACCGCAACCUUCACACAUUAGAACUAAGAAAAGUUUCAUCCAAUCUCAACUAUCUGAAUAGUCGUCAUCUUCCACCAAGCCUGGUGGGUCAUAUUCUUCAUUCGGUUGGUCGGAGUCCGGGAUUGGGCCAUAUCUCACCAUCUGCUGUGAUACUGCAAUUCUCCAACGCCUUGCUCACCAACCCUCGGACACAGGGAAUAAGACAACAUCCACAAAGAACAAGUAUACCCAUAGAAGCUAUAGCUGCACCCAGAAUAGUUACAACAAUAGUUUUCCAUUUACCAAACAUGUUAUUGAUGUAUUCACCCCCCAGUUCUCAGCCCAUUCUUUACUUAAUGCAGUGAGACCUGCCAGUGCUCUAGUUACUGUACCAUCUGGGGCUGUAUUGUUGGGGAUAAACAUACAACAAUGACCUCCCACCAUCUUGCAAAUCCGCCCUUCUCUGCUAAAAGCAUUUCGAGAACCAAACUAUUCUGCAGGUCAUGAGUGAGGUGGCAGAUAGUUGGCCUGAGAUUCUCUUCACUGCAUCCCUUAUCUAAUUAACAAACCUUUGUAGAUGUUUUUAUCAAUUGUAACCCACCAGAAAAACGUUGUUGUAAACCCUUCUCCAAUUUGAUCUGUGAUUGGCAUUACUUUGGUGUCUAUAACAUUGAUAAUCUCUGGGGUUCAUGGUGAAUUGGGGUGCCUUAGUAUUAUCCUUUUUAAGAGUGGUUAUUUGAAUAUCAGAACAAUUAGGUGAGGUUUGGUUUGAUCUCAAAUCUAUCACACAAGAGAACAUGGUCUGAGGCAUAGGUGCAGUUAGAAGGGUUGGCCUACCUGUUGAACAGGCAUAACAAUUAGUUUGACCCAACACCCUAGCUGUGUAGUUCAUCCACCUUACCCAGAAGUUCUCAUUUGAAAUUCCUUCUACUUCUCCUUGGUUCAUUUCCUGCAAGAGGAAAUAUUCUACCCUUGGUGGUUUAGUGCUAUUUAGGAUUCCUUCUGAGGGCCUUCCAAUGGGUAUUAGACUAGUUUUUGGUACCUCUGGUGAUAACAUUAGAUCUACCUGCUGUUCUGUCUCGGGGGUGGAAGAUUCAUUUCUCUCCUGAAAAAUGAGCCUCACACAUGUAUUUGCCCCGAUAUCAUCAACACAGACCCAAUAGUUCCUUGCUAUGUCAUCUUGCAUAAUUGACUUUACCAAUAUCACCAGUUCCGUUUUACAUUUAUCAUGGGUUUGUUUAAUUCCCCAUCGGUGUACUGCGUCCAUUCUAUUCUCAUAGUAUGUUCCCCAGGUAUGUUUAAACACCCUUGCCCAAGGACAUGAACGUUCCCCAGUGCAAAUGUAUUUACCAUACCUUCUAGGACCUAACUUUCUUGUACACGCCCCCUUCUUACCAAAGCCCCCAAAACCUCCUAUCUCUUCAUGGGAGAAGUUGAAUGGUAUCUUGAAUCCCCCAUCUUGUCCUAAACUGACUUUAACUAUUAAAAUAAUAAUUCCCCCAAUAGUCUUUCUUGGUUUCAGUAUUUCUACGAGAUCGAAUCAGUGCAUCAUUUCCCUGUUUAGGUUGACCUGGAUUAAUCCAUAAUAUUAUUAACAUGAUGAUGCAGCUCAGAGUCCCCCAAAAUCCCCAAAACCGCCAUCCCAAUCCUGUCCCUGACCCACCUGCCUGGUACUUCCCCAUACCCACACCUCUAUAAACCCCCCACAGUGAUGAAAGGUCAGGGCAGGGUUUCUUCGUUAACAGAGUUUACCCCCGAACCCUAGUGGUUCAGUUCAUCUCUUUAUCUCCGUGUGUGUUCAACGGUGUUGGUAUGUGGGCCUACCUUUUUGCAGUGGGUAAUGUGGACCCAAGUGGCUCUCUCAGCUAUUCUUAUAGCGAAGGCAGUUACGAAUAGGACUUGGUAUGGUCCCUCCCAGCGUGACUGCUUUCAAUCCUUUUUCCUCAACGAUUGGAUCCACACCCAGUCUCCAGGUUAUAUACUAUGAAUCACCUUCUCCUUUAAUUCUCCUGUAGGACACAAAUUCUUAGACAUAAGGUUAACGAACAAUUUUCACAUGUGUUCUGCUAGUGUAUUCUCUAGUUCUAUGUCUGCCUGUUCUGGUCCUGCCAACUGUGGCAUUCUGUAAGGUAUUCCAAACACUUUCUCAAAGGGGGAUAACCCAUCUUUAUCUGGGGUUACUCUAAAUUUCUUCCCUUUACUCCGUGAUAACUCUAUAAAAUCAAUUUCUAAUUGCUGGAAGGGGUACUUAGCCGGAGGAUACUCACCCUGAGGUGCCCUUUGUCUGCCCUGGUGAUUAUUUUGAGCACAGAUAACACAUCUUGAACAAACGUAUUUUUUAAUUUAUUUUUAUUUUUAAAUAAUUAGUAAUCCCAUAUGCAACUAAGUGUUGUCUAAUCUGCUCUACCAUCCAUCCCUCCCUUUGACACAUGGCUCUGCCCGUGUGUCAAUAUUGCAGCAUAUCUAAACAGUAAUUUCGGGAGAAUUGGUAAGCUGUCUUUGACCCAUAUUCCUUCCUUAUUUACUGCGCCUUGCUUCACUCAUCUGUGAACUUCCUUAAUUGGGGCCCUACUGUAGCUCUCUAUAAGUAGAUCUCUAUCUAUCGAAACGUCCUCUUUUGACAGCUGACUAGGAACAGAGAAGUGUUUUAACCCUGCUGACAACAGUUGAUAAUACCUCAACUUACUUCUAUCCCGUAAAAGUAAUCCAAGAUUAGUACAAUAUACUAGCAACAGGUAUCCCUCAUUCAGGGAAAGCUCUCUCUCUCUCUUCUGUUAUUUUAUGGUUCGAAUCAUAUAUAUUAUUACCAAAUUAUAAAUUUCUUCACACUUUUCACAGUACUAUAAAUUACCCUCAACUUGGUAAAAUAAACUAUCUUAAAGUCCUCCUCUCAUGCCUUUAGAAUUUACCAGUGUGGAUGAUCAAUUAACACCAGAAAGUCAAAACAGAGUUCAGAGGCCAUUGAAAUCAUUCAAACAAACUGUUCCAUCCCAUAGUAUACUAAACAUUACCAUCAUCCUAAAUAUUUCAUAAAUGUUACUUAUCCCAAGUGUUCAUUAAGUCCUCAUGACAUUUAUUCUCAUAAGAAAUCAUGUAUACCCAAAACUCAGUCAAAACUGAAAAACUCCAUAAAAUUCACUGUGUGUGCUCCUUUAAGACUUAUCACCUUUGACCUGUUGAAAACCCCCUAAAAUCAAAAUAACAAGGCUUUAUAAACAUCAUACUAGGUGUGUUGUUUUUUAUUUGAAAAACCUAAUUGAAAAACAACAACCAAAAAUAGCCAGGCCCCACUUAAUUUGGUAGCUCCCUUUUAUGACGUAAAUACUGCCUAACUCCAAAAUGUAGUGUUGGAGUAUAUUUGAUGAUGGGGCUUUGUGUUGAAUGAGAGGCUAGAGACUUAAUAAAAUAAUAAUUGGAAUAAUAAUUAUAUAUUAACUUGCUCACCCAAACGUAGACAUACGUCAUGGGUGAGACAUAAUUAAUAUAAUAUUGUACAAAGCCAAUUUAGGGUUUCCACUAAAUUUAUCUCCAUAGUAUUCAUAUCCAAUGUAGUGAUUGACGUUCCUUAAUGGAAACCCUAAAUUGGCUUUGUACAGACUUUUACUAAUAUUCUAUUUCUCACACUUGCUAUUUUAAUUCCUUCUGGUGUACACCCCUCCCUGUAUUUCUUUAUCCCGGAUUAUUUGUUGAACAUUACUGUUCUAUAAUCUACUACAGGUUCUCUGAAUACAGGGUAGUUUCUUUUGGUAAUGGCCUAUUACCGUGAAUCGUUACGGACCCACCCUGAGCAAUCCCAGACUGCCCCAAUUAAUGAAUAAAGACUACUGACCUUAUCCUUGCAGCCGAGAUUCAAUGUAGGUUUGGAUUCCGUCACCGUCUCUGUCAUUAAUCAGGUGUCCUCUGGCCUGUCUUAACCCUUAAUGUCAAAGGGCAGGACUUUCUAUUUACGAAUGUAUCAUUCGCCCGUCGACGGUUUUCAGAGUUACCUGGAAUGACAGAGGCAGGUAUUGGAUUCCAGCUCAGAAGGACCAAGCUGUUAUGUGAAUUAUUUCUCUGUGCGUCUCCCAAAAGGUUGUAAGUCUUUUGGAUUUAAGAAACGGACAGAGUCCCGGUCUGCAUAGUCAGAGAUUUAUUCAUUGAGAAUUCUGCCUUCACAAUUUCAGAGUCCAUCUUUUAUACUCACACGUCAUACAAAAAUCCCUCCCCUCUUUAGGCGGGCUGUAGUUUUCCACUUUACAACUGCUCUCCUGACCAUCAGUUCACACACACACACACAUACACACACACACACAUGCAUACACACACACACAUACAUACACACACACACACACACACACACAUGCAUUCCUUAGUUAUCACCGUCCUCACAAUAUCAUGCACCAUAUUUCUUACUCCUUAAAAAGCCUAACGGUUUCUCUCCUCCCUAAAUUGUGAGGCCUCUUUAUCUUGGUUUCUCAGUUGUCUGUAGACAGUUCUCCUUGUCCUUUGUUGUCUGGUCUAACUCUUACUCACAUUGCUAAAUAGUAGCUCAAUGUCAUAGUCUUUACUGGUCCUACACUCACACAUUUUAACACAUUUCACACAGUUUCAGGGUGUAAUAAUUAGUCAUUAAUAAUUAUUCUAUCAUUUUCCCAUGAUGUCAAGCAAAGAGGCACUGAGUUUUAAGGUAGGCCUUGAAAUACAUCCACAGGUACACAUCCAAUUGACUCAAAUGAUGUCAAUUAGCCUAUUAGAAGCUUCUAAAGCCAUGACAUCAUUUUCUGGAAUUUUCCAAGCUGUUUAAAGGCACAGUCAACUUAGUGUAUGUAAACUUCUGACCCACUGGAAUUGUGAUACAGUGAAUUAUACGUGAAAUAAUCUGUCUGUAAACAAUUGUUGGAAAAAUUACUUGUGUCAUGCACAAAGUACAGUGAGGGAAAAAAGUAUUUGAUCCCCUGUUGAUUUUGUAUGUUUGCCCACUGACAAAGAAAUUAUCAGUCUAUAAUUUUAAUGGUAGGUUUAUUUGAACAGUGAGAGACAGAAUAACAACAAAAAAAUCCAGAAAAACGCAUGUCAAAAAUGUUAUAAAUUGAUUUGCAUUUUAAUGAGGGAAAUAAGUAUUUGACCCCCUAUCAAUCAGAAAGAUUUCUGGCUCCCAGGUGUCUUUUAUACAGGUAACGAGCUGAGAUUAAGAGCACACUCUUAAAGGGAGUGCUCCUAAUCUCAGUUUGUUACCUGUAUAAAAAGACACCUGUCCACAGAACCAAUUAAUCAAUCAGAUUCCAAACUCUCCACCAUGGCCAAGACCAAAGAGCUCUCCAAGGAUGUCAGGGACAAGAUUGUAGACCUACACAAGGCUGGAAUGGACUACAAGACCAUCGCCAAGCAGCUUGGUGAGAAGGUGACAACAGUUGGUACGAUUAUUCGCAAAUGGAAGAAACACAAAAGAACUGUCAAUCUCCCUCGGCCUGGGGCUCCAUGCAAGAUCUCACCUCGUGGAGUUGCAAUGAUCAUGAGAAUGGUGAGGAAUCAGCCCAGAACUACACGGGAGGAUCUUGUCAAUGAUCUCAAGGCAGCUGGGACCAUAGUCACCAAGAAAACAAUUGGUAACACACUACACCGUGAAGGACUGAAAUCCUGCAGCGCCCGCAAGGUCUCCCUGCUCAAGAAAGCACAUAUACAGGGCUGUCUGAAGUUUGCCAAUGAACAUCUGAAUGAUUCAGAGGAGAACUGGGUGAAAGUGUUGUGGUCAGAUGAGACCAAAAUCGAGCUCUUUGGCAUCAACUCAACUCGCCGUGUUUGGAGGAGGAGGAAUGCUGCCUAUGACCCCAAGAACACCAUCCCCACCGUCAAACAUGGAAGUGGAAACAUUAUGCUUUGGGGGUGUUUUUCUGCUAAGGGGACAGGACAACUUCACCGCAUCAAAGGGACGAUGGACGUGGCCGUGUACCGUCAAAUCUUGGGUGAGAACCUCCUUCCCUCAGCCAGGGCAUUGAAAAUGGGUCGUGGAUGGGUAUUCCAGCAUGACAAUGACCCAAAACACACGGCCAAGGCAACAAAGGAGUGGCUCAAGAAGAAGCACAUUAAGGUCCUGGAGUGGCCUAGCCAGUCUCCAGACCUUAAUCCCAUAGAAAAUAUGUGGAGGGAGCUGAAGGUUCGAGUUGCCAAACGUCAGUCUCGAAACCUUAAUGACUUGGAGAAGAUCUGCAAAGAGGAGUGGGACAAAAUCCCUCCUGAGAUGUGUGCAAACCUGGUGGCUAACUACAAGAAACGUCUGACCUCUGUGAUAGCCAACAAGGGUUUUGCCACCAAGUACUAAGUCAUGUUUUGCAGAGGGGUCAAAUACUUAUUUCCCUCAUUAAAAUGCAAAUCAAUGUAUAACAUUUUUGACAUGCGUUUUUCUGGAUUUAUUUGUUGUUAUUCUGUCUCUCACUGUUCAAAUAAACCUACCAUUGAAAUUAUAGACUGAUCAUGUCUUUGUCAGUGGGCAAACGUACAAAAUCAGCAGGGGAUCAAAUACUUUUUUCCCUCACUGUAGAUGUCCUAACCGACUUGCCGAAACUAUAGUUUGUUAAGUGGUUGAAAAACAAGUUUUAAUGACACCAACCUAAGUGUAUGUAAACUUUCGACUUCAACUGUAUGUAUAUGUAUGUGUAUGUAUAUAUACUGUAUAUAUACUGUAUGUGUGUGUAUGUAUAUAUAUAUACGGGAACAAAAAACAUAUGGGGAUUGGAAGUGAUGCAGACAAUUACAUUGAUGGAAGUUACAAUCUAUCUGCAAUAUUAAAGCUGAUCUACCCCCAAAGAAAUUCGUUUUUUUUUUAAAGGAUUGAGACUACCAAAAGACUGAGACUACCAAAAGACUGAAACUACCAAAAGACUGAGACUACCAAAAGACUGAAACUACCAAAAAACAUCAGUUAAUUUUGUCCUGCAAUUCUAUUUGGAUUUCUUUUGUUGAGAAUUGCUUAAGCAAAAUGGUCUUGUACCGAUACUUUAACGUUGCAUGUAAGCUGUGUCUUCGAUAAGAGCCCUGUUUGUGUGUUUGUAUCAGUUGCUCUUCGAGAGCGUCUCCAGGUCUAUCCAGACAUAACGUCUGUGGUCAAAGGUCCAGCCGCUCAGCCCAAACCCAGAGUGGUGGUUGCUGAGGAGAAGAGAUCACUGUUUGAGAGGAGGAUUCUGGAGGAGAGACCAGCACAACCCCAGAGAGAUGAGGAUGAUGAUUGGUUUGUGUUGCUGGAUAAAGAAUCGGGUACAGGUACUUUGCGUCUUUAGUUUUUGCAUCUUCAGUUUCUGCGUGCUGCCCUAAAACAAUAUGUUGAUCUCACACCCGCUCUCCAACUUCAACUUACCAGAAAGGUUUGCUGACUAACAUUCGUCCAACGCUUUUACAACGUGGUUGUGCAUUGUCAUGGGAUUUUCCCCUAAAAAAGGCACUGUUUGACGAACCAAUGGGUCUUUGGUUAUGCUUUUCUUUUUGAAGAAAUACAUAUUUAGUUUUCCUUUUAACGGCUUUAGGAAUACUAUACCAAAGUGAGGCAUGAGCUUAUUUACUCAAUAAGUCAGGACAACUUCUGCCAUUUGCAUCGUUGGUUAUUAACCCAAUGAGUCAGGACAACUUCUUCCAUUUGCGUCGUUGGUUAUGGUUGAGAAGUACUGUCCAUGCUUUGCUGCCCGUUCUAUAUUGUGGACAGUUGCUUCUUACAACUCAUCCAAGCUUUUCCCCUUGCUAGUCUCAUUCUAGAAUAGAAUGAGCUGGCCCAUGAAGGUACAGUAUGGGCCUGAAGGCUGUGUGUGCGCUGGCCUCAGUGUGUGUGGAAUUGAGUAUGAGUUUGUUGUGUGUCUUUGUGUUCACGAUGUUCUUCUGCGCUCUGUCAGUGUGUUUACCUCUCGCUACACUAGGUUUGAUGAUCUCAGUGCACGCAGACCGUCUCACUCCUGCCCUCUUUACAACCCAAUAUCUAAAUACUAACACUCCCUCUAUCCUGUCUCUCUCCCUCCAGUGGUGGGCACCCACAAGGCCGCCCGUCCGGUCAGCGCCCCAGUCUUUUCCCAGGCAGCCCUGAUGGAGGCGGGGAUCCCCAUGGCCCCCCUGGACCUCCAGCAGCCCCAGACCUCCACCCCCAUCAGGCUGCCAGCCCGCCAGGAGGACAGGAAGCUGGAGGUCACUGUGGAGGCGGUGGACGAGGGCUCAGCCGAGGUCAAGGUACUGCAACUAAGAACUACAACCCCCACAAUCCCCUGCCCUACAGGGAUCAUCAUCAUUCUCCCCUCACACACAGAUACACUGGUCAUAGCAGUUACAGAUAGACUGGUCUCAGCAGUGAUAUUGCUAAAUUCAGUCUCAUAGUAUUAUUUAUAAGAGAAGUAUAAUAUGAUGAUUUGUCUAUACUUAGAAAAUAGAAUAGCUGUGCAUCAUUUUUGUCCUCCAUUGGUCACAGUAAUGAUAGUGUAACAUACACGUGAUAUAGACACACCUCAGAUCACUAGUUCCUCAGAUGGCUAAACUAUGGACAGAGAGGAUGCUCCUAGUGGAGGAUUCUAACGUCAUUAUGCCUUCUCUCCUCCUCCCUGCCUGGGGUAACCAGUCUGAGCAGACGGACACUGAGGAGCCGGUGCGAAUAAGGAAGGUCAGACCUUUGGCCUUGUCCCGACUCCUGCUUGUGCAUUAUAUUAGUAUUGUAGUGGCUCCACUCCCAUUCUUACUUACACUACUGCCAAGUCUCCCAUCCAUAAGACUAACUUCACCCUCUCCUCAUUUUAUUAGCCUGGUUUCAUUUGAAUACUGCUCACAAACUACAAGGUCAUAUGAGUUGACCUCAUGUUCAAGUCAGACAUUGGAUAUGACAAUAGUAUUGGUCAUGUGCAGAGACUGAGAUUACGUAUAUGAGAUACAUUACAUAUGCUUUUGGUUUGUACAGACAGGAAGAAAAGUUAGGGUCUUUGAAGAAUGAAUGUUGAAAGAAGAUUCCUCAUUGGCUGCUGCAUGUACAUGCAUGACAUUAGACUAGGUUUUCAUGAUAACUAGUGUUUCUUUCGAGUACUAUAUUACUGCCUGACCCUUCACCUUUACCCCCCCAACCCUUCAAGACACCCACUCUAAUAGCCCUGGCUUGGGUCCCCUGCUUUGCACACUUGGGAUUCCAGGGCCCUUGUGGCCCCCAGAGGCUCCAGGCCACUCUGCAUGCAGACCCCUCACCCUCACCACCCCCCACUCCUUUAGAACCCCCCCCCCCCCCCAGCAACAAUGCAUGUCCACGUGGAACCUGUGAAACCCACACCUUUCUCUUUUUUUUUGUUCUUUCAUCUUUCACAGAAAAGAGCUAAGAGAACUGAGGGUGACUCAAUUUAUAUCAGACAUAGCCUUUUAAUGUUGGAGGUUUGUAUACCCGUCUUCUGGAGAUCUGUCUCUAUACGCUGUGUUUUCCUGCUCUUUGGCUACUGGCUGCUAUAAUACAACAGCAUGCUUUGCAUUUGGCAUUACUGAUUCACAUACUUUGUUUUACAUAGGCAUCUUUGGUUUUGCUAUUAGAUGAUUUUGACUGAGUAAUCUCUCAUUUGCUUUGUGUGUCGCGAUAUUAACUCUUAACACAACUAGAUACUUGUUUCAAGGGGAAUGUUGUUGAGUAGGAGCUAUCUCCUGAUUUCUUCUCGCAAAGUAUAUGAUUGGGAUUGUGGUCUCUUCUCCCCAGACAUCACACCAUACACGUUCAUACACGUUCCAUGAAAGGGAGCCAGGAGUGUUUCAUUUGUGGUAUUUGUAGAUACUGUUACUGAUCGGCCACGUUAUGCAGCUGAGAUGUUUCCGUCUGCUAGCUAGGCCAUUUGAGUGUUAGUAGAAGCAUUACCAAUACAUCCCUGUCAUGUUGUUUCAGCUUUGUCUCUAUCCUCGGUAUACAGUAGAAAAGUGCUUCAUCUCCAUACUUGAUAUAGGGCAGACGACCACCAACCUUCCCUCUCCACCGCUCCACCAUCACAUAUCUUCCCACUCACCAGCUCAAAGCCUGUGUCCGCUAUUUGUGGCCCUGUCUGAAUCCAGUUUAUGAUGUCUCCCAGUCAUAUAUUUAUGCAGUUCCGAAUGAAUGACUUGUAAGAGUACGCUCCACCGCUCUCAUCGCCGUAAGAAUCAGCCAGCCACCGAAACAGGUUGCCAUGCUGCUGUCGCUCUUGAUCUCUAUGAUUUGUAACCUGAUCAGAUUCUCUGUAGUGCUGCUCACUCGAAUUGAACAGGUUGAUUUACCAAGGAUUUAAUAAGAAGCUCUCAAUGAGAGCUCAGAGAAUCAAUUAUAUUUUGAAUCGAUCUGAUGAACUGAGCUCUGGCCUGCUUUGACGCUGUAGCUUUGAGUCAAAUAGAACAGCAAAGUAACCUGCUGCUUGGUUGACAUUGUUUAUUGUCUAAACAUGUUCAUAUGAGUGACAUUAAAGUGCCCUUGUUUCUGACACACCUGUUUUCUCUCCCCACCUUCUACACAUCUACUCUGUCACUCCUCUUCUCCACACCUGUCUUCCAAACCAAACGUUUGUUGUCAUUUUCCACUCUCUCUCUCUCUCUCUCUCUCGCUCUACCUCUCUCUCCCCCCCCCCCCCCCCCCCCCCCCCCUUCUCUCUCCCCCUCUCCUCCCUCCACCUCUCCCUCCCCCCUCCAGGACUUUGAUAAGCCCCAGGAGGAUCUGAUCAGGCACCAUAGCAGUAUCAGUGAGCUGAAGAGGAACUUCAUGGCGUCUGUCCCAGAGUCCCAGGGGCCCACCGAAUGGGACAAGCGCCUGUCCACUCACUCCCCCUUCCGCAGCCUGGGCAUCAACGGACAGCCCCUGCCCGGUGCCGACGGGGUGAGUACCGUCUCAGACCAGACACUGUCGUACCACACACCCCUCCUCUCAGUUCCCUAUAGUUCACGUCAGCUUCCCAGCUCUCCCAUUCCACAGAGAAGGAAUGGAUGUUAGCAGUCAAUGUUGGGGUCAGUUCCGUUUCAAUGCAAGUCAAUUUGGGAGAUGAGGAGAAAUUGAAAUGGAUAGAAAACUGCUGAUCGUCAUCAGUGAGGAUUUGGAAAUGUGUGAAUAUAUUCCUGAAUUGACUGAAUUGAAGUACCUCACCACACGUUUCCCUCUGUACGGCUCUCUGUUGUGUUCUCUAAGUUGGAUGUGUUGGGGUGGAGUACCACAACACCAUCCCAUGGUUGUCCCUUUUGUUUGUCUUGGUUUGUGUUGUUGCGAUGCAAACACUUAUUGCAUGUCUUGACAAAAAUGUUUCUGUAUGAGCAAGGCCUUUUCCCUUUCAACCGGACCCAUCUAGUCUAUGAAAGGCUUUCUCUGUCAUUACUACCCUACUAAAAUGGAAAGUCUUCUGUUUGCAUGGGCCAACUGAAGAGAACACCUUGUCAAGACUGAUUGGAACAGAUCAGUCUGUCUGUUCACCUUGUGGCCCAGUCCGUUUGAAUGUUCAGCUGUUUGUUGUGAGGAAGUCACUUAUGGUUUGGGCAUGUGGUAUGCACUGGCUGAGCCUAUUGGUCAGGUUUCUGAGCCCAGCUCUGUCUUUACCUCCUCAUUGGCUGUCCGUCGGUCUGACGCUCCCCUCAGUGCAUGACGCCCAGACCAGAUUGGACAGAGAAACUGCAUGACCCUGUGACGACCACUCUCACCUCCUCCUUGCACGUUUUCAACUUGAAGAUCAUGACCCUGGAGUAGAAGACUUGACCUGUGUGCUCAUCCUCCGCUCUUCUUCCCCUCAGUGCUGUGCUUGUUUUCUGCUUGAUCUCCUCCAUCCUGACUCCUUCUCCCAAAUACUGCCCCUCUUUCCCUAACUCCGCUUUCCCACACUUCCUUUUUUUCUCAUUUUGCUUUGUUCUUCCGUGAUACUCCUGUCCCCAAGCCCACAACUGAAGAGUCUGAAGGCCCACAGGUUACCCAUAACCACCUAGUCCGACUCAGACAAAUGCGUUCUCAAUUCUUCCUAGUUUACCAUGACACAGCUUUGCAUAGCCUUCCUGUCCAUUACCCUACAUCACAGACAUUUCAACAUCCCCUACCUCUCUCAUCUCUCUCCCCCCCUACCCUCUGCCCCUCUCCACCCUCACCCUUCUUCCCUCAGUUCGCCAUCCGCCUUCCCCGUGGCCCCCUGCAAGACUUCUACUCUAAGCGCAGCUGAGGUGGCAUCCUGGGGGCGUCCCGAGUCAGCCCAGAGGGAACCUCUGCUGCUACAUCAUCAUCCUCCUCUUCUUCUACUUCAGAAGCUGCUUCCUGUCGCGUGACUCUGGAAUCACAACUUACUUCCUGUGUGUCUUGCUCAGUUUCCCCCCCAACUCUUCCUGACAACUGUUCCUACUGACUGUUGUUCCUUCCUAAAAAGUUGAAAGACUUGACGAUGAACCCACUUCUGUUUUUCUAUAUCUGAUUAUCUGGACUAGACGAGGUGCGUCUGACAAUGACAGUUGACGGUGGCUUUUUACAGUAGGAACAGUUUUGAUAUGUGCAGAUACCACUAAUAGAACCUGUUUUUGUACACACCCAGACAGAUGUCAAUGUUGUCAUAUGUCAUAGUAAGAUUAGUUAGUGGCGUGUUGUGGUAUUUGAUGUAUGAAGUCUUUUAUAGAAACACAUUUAGCCAGCACUGGUGGACAUCUAAAUGGUAUAUUUGAGUAUACCUCAUCACAAUUCACUAUGUUGUUUUUUGUAUGCACAUCUAUCUAAUACUGACAAGGUGACUUGUUUCGUUCACUGGUGUUUGGUAAAACACUCUUGUCAACUGCAAGAGAUUUUGUCCUGCUGCAUACCCUUUUGACAAUCAAUUUUGACCCAAAAAAAUUCAAUAAAUUCUUGCUAAACAUGUUUGAUCAUGAGAAACAUUGUUUCAUUCCCUACUGUUGUUCACACAGUGGAUAUAUGUGUGCCUGUGUCUUUCUUUUAGAGUGUGUGCAUUACUCCUCCUAUAAGGGAAGAGUUCGACACUAAGGCAGCGCUACAGCAGGAGUCCAGCAGCACUGUAAGGCCAUCGGGGGGGCCCAGCCCUGCUAGGAGCACAGAAACUGGGCCUUAUGGGGUUGACUCCAAAUUCCCAUGAUGCACCUGGGGUGGUGGGGCCAUGUGAUCAGGGGGAUGAGGAGGAGCGUGUUAGCUCUGGGAUCACCACCAGCCACGUACCCAUCGUUGAGGUGGAGAGGGCACAGCUGCCCCACUCCUAUCAACUCCAGCGUACAGUGCUGGAGGAGGAGGAGGAGGAGGAGGAGGAGGAGGAGGAGGAGCCGUCAGACCCAGGGUCGAGGGGGGAGCAGUCUGGGAGGAUAACUGGAGCCUUCCACACCUCCUAUUUCGUGAGCGGUGUUCCCCAUGUCAUACGCUGUUUCCAGGUAGCCCUUCCUCUGCCUUGACCAGCUCCUGUUGAUAGACUCCUCUGCCUGUCCUCUGCUCUGUCUGGGUACAGUGUACACUCACCCUUCUGCAGCAUGGCUACAACUAUCCAGACAAAUCCAAACUCUAAACACUGAAAUCUAUACUGUAGUCAUACUGGUGUUGGUCAGGAUGGUUGAGUUCUGCUAGAGCCGGUUGCAGAGGUGGUGCACAGUGAUGGGGUAAGGGAGUGUUUUCUCUGGUGUUGGGGGCUGAUGGGAAGAGACAAUGAUCAAGUCUCUAUUCCUCUCUGACACACACACAAUAUGAAUUGUCUUUCUCUCUCUGGCCUCCUGGUGGUGGAAAUCUUGGUGAAACUGGAAUGGGGAGUAGGAAUGAGGGACCCAAUCAGUUGUGAAUGAAAAGAGAGUGGUGUGGUUUAAGUGUUUUUAAUGGGGAGUGGUUGAUGAAACAUUGGAAAAUUACAGCUGUGCCAUGUUCAAUUGGGCACAACCAAUGAUUUCUAUAAACACUGGACACAUAACAUCAUGUAAGGUUCAGAUAUAAUGAUAUGAUAUAAAGGCUAUAUGCCUGUUUGACAUGUAUAGAGGAAAGAAACCAUGUCUGCUCCUUUCAUGACAUGUCCAUGUGCAACGUUCAGUAAAACUGACCGGAGUGUGUUCUUCCUCCCCAGCCCCCUCUGGUGCAGACCCAGACGGUCACCAUCACAGACGUGUCCAACUCCCUUCCUACCGACGUCUCCACUAAGGAUGUCCCUAUCAUUCAGACCCAGACAAAGACUAUCACCUACGAGUCUGCAGAGGUAGCGACCCCAUGAUAAUAAAGAUGAUGGUACAGCUGGGGAACUCUGAGCUGUGGUUGAACUUCAACUACCACAGGGUAUAAUCAGGGCAGUGUUCAGGGAUCUAUUCAUGGCAUUUCUUUCUGAAACGUUCAGUACAGUGCACCGUCUUUAACACUACCCAUGACUGAGUUGUUGCCAUGGAGCCAUUCAUUUCCUGUUUGUUUCCUUUCUCAGGUGUCAGUUGACGGGUCAGACGGGGAGAAAGAGGCCACAGCACUGAGCAGCAUUCAGACCAUUACCUCAGAGACCAGCAGGGAAACCAGUGGCACCUCCAUCACUACCACCACCACUCACAUCUCCAAGGUAAGGGCACACCAUAGACCACACACGCAUGCACAUGCGCACACACACACACACACACACACACACACACACACAACCCCUCAUCUGUGUCAUGGCCUCUGACUAUUUCUCUUCUCCCAGGUGGUGAAAGGAGGAGCGUCAGAGACCAGAGUGGAGAAGAGGAUCGUCAUCACUGCCGACUCAGAGGCUGACCAGGUACAGUACAGUACAGUGUAGUAUGAAGGCUCCUUCUACACAUGCCAAGGCCUGAUCAAGCACAAUGGUUCUCUGUGACACACCUUUGUCAUAAGGUGUACAACAAUCUAGGUGGAGGUUAACUGAAGCUUUGUCUCCUGUAGGGAAGCGACGGCGGAGCAACAGCAAUGUGAUUCAGCCCAACACACAGUCAGAGAGCAGCCCUCUGGAUCUGAUGCUCAAGACACCAGAGACUUCUAGUACAGGGGACCAAAUGACUAACCUCAUUAUCCCAGAGCCACUCCCACCUCCUCAACCCAUACUGACAUUGUGUCCAGACUGGUCCCCUCUAGAACCACUGUGGUUACAUCCCAAAUGGCACCCCUUAUUCUGUAUAUAGUGCACUACUUUUGACC